CUCAAGAGCCCUGCAGCAGCCGCGAGCCCUUCCCGCCGCUGCUCGGCGCCUCCGGUCGGCCGCAUGGCGCCGCGGCCGCCCCGCCCGCGCCGCCCGCGGGCCCCGAGGGCCUGAGGGGCGCAUGGUCCGCCGCGGCCCGAGUCAUGCGCGCCAGCCUCUUGCCCGCACCCGAGGUGGGCAUCUGGCCGCGGCUCCCAGGCUACGACGAGGCGGAGGACUCGGGCGAGGAGGAGGCAGAGGACGCGUCUGACAGUGCGUCGGCCAGCGAGCGGCUGAAGGACGUCUUGGCCGUGCUCGGCGACCGCUGGAAGGACGUGCCCAUUUACCACUUCGACCAGGCGCCCAGCUCCUUCGCGGCCCCGCGGUCCCAGGCCGGCCCGGGCCCCCGGCCGUACGACCCGACUGCUCCGCAGGCCUACUUCCAGAUCUCCCAUUGCGACGCGCCGGUCGUGAAGGACACGCUCUUGUACAACGGGUUCAGCCCAACAUGGCACAGGGACUGGGCCCUCAAGUGGUCUGGGCCCGGCAUGGACGACUCAGUGUAUCAGGACCUCAACGAGUAUCAGCGGGUCAACCACUUCCCUGGUUCCACAGAGCUCACGCGGAAGGACAGGCUGUGGCUGAAUUUCCAAGAGAUGGCCCAGACAUUCGGCUCGGAAGCCUUCGACUUCGUGCCAGAGACAUUCGUCCUGCCAGACCAGUGCGAGGAGUUUCUCGAGCGAUACUGGCAGAGCGAGGCCCUGUGGAUUGUGAAGCCGCAUGCGUCCUCCUGCGGGCGUGGCAUAUUCAUCCUGCAGGACAUUGGGGAGCUGCCGCUCGAGGAGAGGUCCGUGGUCUCACGCUACGUCGCGAACCCGCUCCUCAUCCAGGGCCUGAAGUUCGACCUCAGGGUGUACGUGCUCGUGACGAGCUACGAGCCCCUCCGUGCCUACAUCUUCCGCGAGGGCCUCACGCGCUUCGCCUCCGCGCCGUACAGCACGGAGGGAAAGGAGCACCUCCGUGACCCUUACCGCCACCUCACCAAUUACUCCAUCAACAAGAGGGCGGGCAAUUUCAUGGAGAAUCAGGAGAUGGAGGCCGACAACGUGGGACACAAGUGGAGCUUGUCCGCCCUCAACAAGCACCUGGAGUGCACGGGUGUGGACGUCAACCUCAUGUGGACACGCAUCAACGAUCUCGUCCUGAAGACGUUGCUCUCUGUGGAGAACAUCAUCGCUGCAAGGACUCGCGAGGCCUGUCCGCACCACCGCAGCUGCUUCGAGCUCUACGGGUUCGACGUCCUGGUGGACGCGGACCUCAAGCCCUGGCUGAUCGAGGUCAACCUCAGCCCCAGCAUGCAGGCCGAGUCCCCCCUGGAUUGGCAGAUCAAGAGCGCGCUGCUCAGCGAGGCCCUCAACAUAGUGGGCAUCUGCAAGGUGGACCGGCACGCCAUGGAGCUGUCGCGGAUACGCGGCCGGCGGAGCCAGCCGCCACCGCGGCCCGCCAGGCCCCCCGCCACCGCCCCGGCCGCCCUGGGCCUGACUGCCGCCGGCGCCGCGGCCGCGGCGGCGGGCGCCCUCGGCGGGGAGUUGCGGCCCGUGGCGCUGGAGUCGCUCGCGGAGUCGCAGCUGCACAGGCUGGCGCACGCGCUGCAGGAGACCGGGCGCUGCCGCAACUUCCUGCGCCUGCACCCCACUCGGGCCAGCACCGCGCGAUACGCGGGGAUCGCAGGCGCCAGGCCGAGGCGCGGUCGCCCCGCGGCCGACGGGCGCCCGCCUCUGUCCCGGCUGCUCGCCGCGCUGCUCUUCGGGCCGCGACCCGGGCAGCCGCCCGAGCCGCAGCCUCUGGGGAACGCGCCGGAGGAGAAGCAGGCCGACGCCGCCCAGCCACCCGCCGCUGGCGCGCGGCCUCGGGAACGCCAGGGCGUUCCCGCCGGCGCUCAGCUCCCGAGCGCCUCCGCGGCGGCCUCGGGCAGGAUGCCCUCCUGCGGCGAGGCGGGCGGCGCCGAGGGAGGCCCGCCGGCGAGCGGAGGGCAGCCCCGCGCGCGCCGUGUGUUCGAGAUCAUGCAGUACAAGGCCUUCCGGGACCUGGGCGCCGGAGAGGUCUGCCGUCUGGUCCUCAUGGAGUACCUGCUGCGCCUCGCCCGCAUCUGCGCAUCGCUGGGCGACGCCCAGCAGGCGCGUCUCUCGCGGAGCGCCACGUGGCCGAGGCUGGCAGCCUUCAAGCGGCAGCUUCUGAAAGGCGCUGAGGGGGAGCAGCGCCAGUCGAGCGCCGGGCCACUCGUGCAGGGCGGGUGCCGGGAGCUGGUAGAGGAGGUGGCGCUGCUGUGUCGCGCUCACCUGUCUGCGCUGCUGCGCGGCAGCCGCCUUCUGAAGACCACGCCGGCAGCCGCGGCAGGCAUGGACAGCUCGGGGCGCGAUCGGGGAGGAGGGCUGGAGAAGCUUUCGAAGUAUAUGCCCGCCUCCUUCGCCAAGAGCGAGCUAGGCCGCCGGGCACUGGCGGCGAUCGGGGGCCUCAGCGCCGCGGAUCUGGAGCAGCUGCUGCAGGACUUCUCGGCCCUGCCGCAGUGCAAGGACUUCCUAGAGCCCUUCGCCGGCCCCCCCGGCGGGCGGCGCCAGCCCGGCGCAGGCGUCGCGCCGUGGAGGCCGCCCGCAGGCGCCGCGCCAGCGGGCGCCGCGGGGCGCCCGCGCUCGCGCGGCGCAGCCUCGGGCGGGCGCCUGGGCGGCGCCGAGGGGCGGCCCUCUCCCGGGCGCUUCCUGGGGCCCCUCAGCGAGCUGCUGCGCCUCCCCGCCGAGGCCUGCGGCGCCCCGGCGGCCUGCGCCGGGGCGCCCGCGGGCGCCGCGGCGGAGGCCUCCGGAGGCGCCGCUGGCCCGGCAGAGGGUGCGCUGGCCGACGGCUUCGAAGAGCAGGAGGCGGGGCCCUCGUCAGGCGCGGGCGUGGCGCCUGGCGCCGUUGCGCGGCCGCUGCAGGGCGCGUCGCCAGGCGCGGGCCCGGAGGCCGUCGCCUGGGGCGCUGGCCAGCGGGCCUCUGCCGCGGAGCAGGAGCGGCUCGUGAAGGCGCAGGCGUUGCAGAUCGCGGCUCUCCAGGAGCAGCUCCUCAGAGCGCAGGACCACGCGGCGAUACGCUCCAGGAGCACAGGCGCCCUGGCGCCCAUGUCCGUGCUCGCCUCCAGAGGCUACCUCGUCGGCGAGGAGUCGCCUGGAGUUUUCCUCUGCGGCAUCCACUGGAGCUUCGCCAUCGGGCCAGAGAGGCCGCAGGACCGCAAAGCGGAGGUAAGGCUGAAAGUCACGCUCGUGGACGGCGCCCCGACGGUCCUUCCGCAGCUCGCGGAGGGCGCGCGCGAGUACGCGCAGGCGUGGCUGAAGCAGCACGGCGUGAAGCUGAAGCUAGGCACCCCGUUCAAGCCCGAGGCGCUCCGCGAGGGCGCCGUGGUGCUGUCGUGCGUGGGCACCAGGUCCCGGUCAGCCGGCAUCUUCGCGGACGGCUCGGUUCUGAAGGCCAACGGCCAGAUACGGGUGAACAGGCGCAUGCAGGUGCUCCGGCAGUCCGGGCCCAGGAGCCAGGCGGGCGGCGCGGCGGACAACCAGCAGGGUGCGCCGCUGGAGCUGGAGCCACUCGGCCAAGGCCGAGUGUUUGCCGUCGGCGACGCGGCGGCAGUGGAGGGCGUGCCCACGGCGCAGAUCAUCUUCCACGGCGAGGAGAUGGCCGCUAUCGCCGUCGCGAGCAUCGAGUCGGCCGAGGCGGAGGAGGGCCAGCCGCUGCUCUGCUGCACGUCGCUGGGGCCCCAGGACGGAAUGUUCUCGACGCAGAGCGAGCUCGUGUCCACGGGGAUACUCGCGGCGGUGCAGAAGCAAAUCAUCGAGGACACGAAGAUGAGUGCCUUACGGGGUGAUGUGCUUGGGACGCUGCUAUGGAUGCCUGCCCAUUGAGCCUGCGUAGGGCACGCUUGUCUGACAUGCUAUUUGAAUCCGGUCACCCGUUGUUUCUAC